AGCCAGCUCAAUAAUUAAACUAGUGUGAUUUGUUGUGUGCUUUUAGCGAGACCGAAUCGAUUGAUUUCGCGCUGAACACAGAUCGUAUUGUGAAGAAAAAUUAAAAGGAGAGACGUUAUUGAGUGGAGAGUGAGCAAAAUAUACUGAUAACAAUUGGGCUAACGAAAUUCAAAAUAUUAAUAGAAAAACGUAAACGCAUUAUUCAGUUGAAAAAAAACUAGGUUAAUUUGAUACUACAAUCAUCACAAAAAUGCCACCAGCUGCUGAUUAUCCGUGCAUAAUUUGUCGGGAGACUUGUUGUUGUGUCACAAAAACCGAUGAUCAUAAUUCGGACACCGAAAUAAAUGGCAACGGAAUUGAAAUUAUCACGAGAGGUGAAAGUGUGCUGACAACCGCACUGAGAUCAUUGCGCUGGAAUCGAUUUACUACAACAGUGCGAAGCGAUGAAAAAGUUUUAGAUCAAGAAAAAUGCCGACCGAUUAUCUCGCUAAAAGAAGUUGCCGAUCAUGAUUCGUAUGACGAUUGCUGGAUUGUGUUAUAUGAUCGUGUUUAUGAUGUGACAAAGUUUUUACACGAGCAUCCAGCCGGACAUGAUGUGAUCCUUGAAUAUGGUGGACGUGAUGCAACCACCGUUUUUCGUGGUCAUUCGCAAUUCGCCAUGCGUUCAAUAAAACUGUACGAAAUCGGUGAAUUGCCGGAAAAAGAACGAAUUUAUCGAGUAGCCGGUCGCUUGAGAUGCGAUGAAUUACCCGAAUAGAAAACAAUGUUUCCUUUGCUAGAUUUAUCGGCUCCGGCUUUGUACUCAAUUUAUUUUUAAGCACUUUUUUGUCGAGUAUUUAUUUUAAUUAUUUUUAUUAAUUUAUUUUACUUCCAAAUUGCAAUCUGUGUUCAGAGUUCAACAAAUUGGUUAUAGAUCAUUUUGUUUUAUUUAAAUAAAAACGAAAAAUAUUCAUUUUAUUCGCUUGUUGUAAAAAAUCAAUCAACUGCGGUUAUUCACUUCAUUUGAAUAACCUCGAAUACCUAAGCAAAACCUGUUGACAUAAUUCUGUUGUUAAAUAAAAUACCAUGCCUCUCAA